GGGGAGAAGGAGGGAGAGGAAGCAGCAGAGGCAGCAGCUCCUUUGAUAAGCGGCUUCCUGAACACUUUCAAACCGUGCUGCCAGGCCGGCGCGCGGUGCCCGCGGGCCCGGGCCGGGAGCGAGGAGCCCUCGGCACAGGUAGGCAGCCCCCAGGCACCCCGGCUGGGCAGGAGAGCCGCGGGCAGCGCCGGGCCUGUGCCAGGGGCGGCGGGAUGUGCGUGUGGAUGGCAGCGCCAGGCAGGCCGGGAUGCUGGGCAGGCCGUGGGAGCGCUCUCCCUGCAGCUGAGGUGCUUCCCUGGCAUCUCCCAGGUGUUUCCUGGCCGGACUGGGAUGGGAGCCUGGGCUGUCUCUGGCCAGCAGCUGCUCUUGUCCUGCCUGGAUUGAGAACACCUGCAUCGGGCAAGGGGAUGGUGUGAGUGGCAGUGGUGGUGUCGCCACUCCCAGAAAUGCUGCUGGGCAGCAGGGAAUCCUGGGGAGCAGCUCCUGCCCUAGCUGUGUUCCCAACCAUCAUGUGGACACCAGCUCUCCACAAGACCUCCCUGAGCAGAAGGGCUGCCUGGGAUCCCACUCUUUGCCCACUCUGACUCUGCAUCAUCCCCUGGCUCUGGGUCUGUCUCCUGCUCAUGGAGGAAGCAGGGGAUGAGGAGGAGGCUCAGGAUCCCAGGGUGCUGCCUGCACCAUGAGGAGCUGUGCCCAGAGCUGCUUCUCCUCCGAUGGCUCCAUGAUCUCCCAGGAGCUGAGAGCCCCCCGUGUGGCCCUGCUGUGCUUCGGGACGAGGGCUCUGUGGUUGCUGCAGCAUGGUCCAUGCCUGCUUGGCGUGCUCCAGAGUUCAUAGGGGCAGCCUGGCAGCCCGGGCAGCUGCAGAGGACAUGGACAAGCCAGACAAGCCCAGUCCUCCUGCCAAGAAGCACGUGCGACUCCAGGAGAGGAGAGGCUCCAAUGUGUCACUAGUGCUGGAUAUGAGCUCUCUAGGGAACGUGGAGCCCAUCCAGCCUGUCUGCACGCCACGGGACAUCACACUGAAGUUUCUGAGGACAUCCAGCCACGUGCUGAGAAAACAGGAGCUCCAGCAGCACGCCCAGAGCCUGGCACAGCUCCAGGAGGAGUUUUCGAAAAUCCCACCCAACUUCGUGAGUCCGGAGGAGCUGGAAAUCCCUGGGCGUGCUUUCAAGGACAGAUACAAAACCAUUCUCCCCAAUCCUGAGAGCCGGGUCUGCCUCAGGAGGGCUGGGAGCCAGGAGGAAGACAGCUACAUAAAUGCCAACUACAUCACAGGCUACGCGGGGCGGCCCCGGGAGUACAUCGCCACACAGGGCCCCCUGCUGAACACCGUGACCGACUUCUGGCAGAUGGUGUGGCAGGAGGAGGCUCCCCUCAUCGUCAUGAUCACCGAGCUCCAGGAGCGCAAGGAGAAAUGUGUCCACUACUGGCCCGAGAAGGAGGGCACCUACGGCCCCUUCACCAUCCACGUGCAGGGGGUGAGCGAGUCUGCGGAGUACGUGGUGCGGGAUCUCUCCAUCCAGCUUGGGAAGGAAUGCCGCAAGGUCAAACACAUCCUCUUCCCUUCCUGGCCGGACCAGCAGACACCUGAGUCAGCCAAGCCCCUGCUGCACCUGGUGGCCAAGGUGGAGGAGGCUCUGCAGACUGCAGCCAGCCCAGGGCCCAUCGUGGUGCACUGCAGCGCGGGCAUCGGCCGCACCGGCUGCUUCAUUGCCACCAGGAUCGGGUGCCAGCAGCUGCAGGACAAGGGGGAGGUGGAUAUCCUUGGAAUCGUGUGCCAUCUGCGCAUAGACAGAGGUGGGAUGAUCCAGACGAGCGAGCAGUACCAGUUCCUCCAUCACACGCUGGCUCUCUACGCCUCCCAGCUACCAGAGGGGGCAGGCCGCUAGUGCAGGGCUCCCACCGGGCUUGUGGCUCCCUGCUCCGACCUCUCCUGCACCAGCCUCGGGGACGCCUUCACCAAAACCUCUCCUGAUGCUGCCAGGCCACAGAGCAGCAGAGUGAGCAUCCCUGGGGAUGAGUACAGCCCAGCCAACCCCGACUGUGGCUUUGGACCCUGCGAAUGAGCAAGGUGAGGUGGUGCACUCGAGGUGGCCACUGCUCGAGGUGGCCACUGCUGCUGGCUCCAGGCAGAUUUCACCCACAGAAAGCAGCUUUGGCUUUUGAGGGGUGCAAGAUCCUGAACCAGAAGAGCAAGCUGUGUGGAGGAACUGCAGCUGGCAGAUGCUGGGAGCGUGGUUUGCCUUUCAGCUGCACACAAAUGUCCACCCUGUCAGACACGGUGCUGGUGGAACUACCCUGAAAUAAACAGAGCCUCUGUCCUGGUGUGCA